GUCCUACCUACAUAUGGCACUGAGACUACCUGGAGGCUCCAUGCAAGAGACGUCCCUUGUUUUCCAGGCACUGAGGACCACAAUCCCUAAUUCCUGUCAGUUGUUCCUGAGUUCACAAGGAAAGCAGGGUCAUCAAGGAGGCUUGGGGAGAGACAUCCUACCCAAGAUUUUGUGACCUGCAUGUGGCACGCUGCCUAAGAGAAACAGGAGACCAUGACAGCUACUCUAACACUAGAGACCAUGACCAGUGAAGAAGAGUAUGGGCCGAGGAACUGUGUGGUGUGUGGAGACCGAGCCACGGGCUAUCAUUUCCAUGCCCUGACUUGUGAGGGCUGCAAAGGCUUUUUCAGACGAACAGUCAGCAAGACCAUUGGUCCCAUCUGUCCGUUUGCUGGAAGGUGUGAGGUCAGCAAGGCCCAGAGACGCCACUGUCCAGCCUGCAGGUUGCAGAAGUGUCUAAAUGUUGGCAUGAGGAAAGACAUGAUACUGUCAGCAGAAGCCCUGGCGCUGCGGAGAGCCAGACAGGCGCGGCGGCGGGCGCAGAAAGCAUCUUUCCAACUGAGUCAGCAGCAGAAAGAGCUCGUUCAGACCCUCCUGGGCGCCCACACUCGUCACGUGGGCCCCAUGUUUGACCAGUUUGUGCAGUUCAGGCCUCCGGCCUACCUGUUCAGCCAUCACCGGCCUUUCCAGCCCCUGGCCCCCGUGUUGCCUCUGCUCACACACUUUGCAGAUAUCAAUACUUUCAUGGUGCAGCAGAUUAUCAAGUUCACCAAGGAUCUGCCCCUUUUCCGUUCCCUAACCAUGGAGGACCAGAUCUCCCUUCUCAAGGGAGCGGCUGUGGAAAUCUUGCAUAUCUCACUCAACACUACGUUCUGCCUUCAAACACAGAAUUUCUUCUGUGGGCCCCUUUGCUACAAGAUGGAAGAUGCGGUCCAUGUAGGGUUCCAGUACGAGUUUUUGGAGUUGAUCAUCCACUUCCACAAAACCCUGAAAAGAUUGCAGCUCCAGGAGCCCGAGUAUGUGCUCAUGGCCGCCAUGGCUCUCUUCUCUCCUGACAGGCCUGGGGUUACCCAAAGAGAAGAGAUUGAUCAGCUGCAGGAAGAGGUGGCGCUGAUCCUCAACAACCACAUAGUGGAGCAACAGUCAAGACUCCAAAGUCGGUUUCUGUAUGCAAAGCUGAUGGGCCUGCUGGCUGAGCUCCGGAGUAUAAACAGAGCAUACUCAUAUGAAAUCCAGCGCAUCCAGGGACUGUCUGCUAUGAUGCCGCUGCUUGGGGAGAUUUGCAGCUGAGGCCCAGGCUUGGAUCCUUCCCCAGACCUCUUGGGAUGCAUUGGAUUGGAAAGGGUAAAGUGCUGGUACCCGAAAUGGGAACCGGAAGAAAGGAGCUCCGUUAUGGCAAAGAAACAGUGAACAGUAACUGUCUCUUCGUGCGGUCAUCAGUGGGGCGUGGAGUGGGUAGGGGACAGAGAGAAGGGAGUUGGGUGGCCAUAGGGCCAAAGUUGUUCUCUGGAAACACAGAGGAUGGGAAAGACGGGAGCCUCCGGGCCAGGAGGUGAAUAAAGUUCCCUCUGGGAAUGUGUGGGCCCAUUCUUUCAUCUUUCCGUGGCCAAAGAUUUAGCUCUUUAAUCCCACCUUCCCAGACGUGGGAGGCCGAGGAAUGGACAAACCAGGAGAGAUGGGAUAGGAGGGUUUUCUUCUGCUCCCCAUUUUCAUGCAGAUUUCUCUGCUUUGAGGAAGGAGGAACUAAUAUCUUAACGGGACAAAAAUAACG